AUGUCGUUCCGCGAGCUUCGGAACCUGACGGAGAUGAUGCGAUCUCUGGGGUAUCCACGCCCCAUUUCGAUGGAGAAUUUCCGUACGCCAAACUUCGAAUUAGUGUCCGAUCUGCUCUACUGGAUGGUGAAGAAGUACGAUCCAAGCUCCAGCAUCACCGAAGAAAUUGACACGGAGGACGACCGAGUCGAGUUCUUAACACAAGUGGCCACUGAAGUGCUGGCAAAAGCUCGUAUUCGUCUCAACCCGAAGAAACUGUACGCAGCUGACGGCUUUGCUGUCAAGGAGUUGAUCAAGCUUGCUCGUGUGCUGUAUGAGGCUUCACGGAUCGAUCUGGCUGCACAGCAGGAGCCCGACGAUGACGACGACGAAGUAUCAGUCAAGUCUAUGCUAGGAUCACGUGUAAAAGACCCCAAGGCGACACGCCAGCUCGCAUCGGACAUCACGCAGUCGGGAGCCAAGCUCUACGACCUCCUGGAUACAGAACUCGAUGUCCGCGACGCAAGACAACAAGCUAUCCGAUUUCUGGAUGCCCUCUCCACUAACCAUGAAAACUCGAGUGAGCAGAAGUUCCUCGAGCGAAGUAUCCAGGAUAUUUUGGUUAAUCUACAAGAGAACGUCGAGCUCACGGAGCGUCAAGUGGUAGAGCUGGAUGCUGAGGAGAAAGCUCUGGCAGCGAAGAUCAAGAAGGCGCAGACAGAUCUAGAGCGUAGUGAGAAACGACUCAAGAGCUUGCAGCAUGUUCGCCCUGCGUUUAUGGACGAGUACGAGAAGCUGGAGAAGGAGCUGGAACGCCAGUACGCCAUCUAUUGUGAACGCUUCCGCAACCUCGACUACUUGCAACGAGAACUGGAUCUGCACAAUAGUCGAGAGAUGAAGAAACUGGCAGAGAACGACAGAUCGCUCAAGAAGUUGCAGAAGAAAUUCCGCGACGACGAGCUGGCCAUUUUACGCGGUGAACAAGAGGAUCAAAUUGAGAACUCGAUGCUGGAUGCGAUGGAGACCACCAACAAUAACAGACAUAGUGGUGGGAGACCACGGCAAGCGAGCGUCUCUGGCAGCAACCAAAAAGGUCGCGGUGCUGUGAAGAAGAGAGCUGGUUCGGAUGAGGACAGCAGCUCGGGAGGAAUCAGUGGCAGUGGCAGUGGAAGCAGCGAUGACGACGACUCAAGCGACGAAAGUGUCUCACUUGCAGACUCUGGCGAGCUUAUCGACAACGAUGACGACUCGGGGUCUGAUGCAGGGUCGGGCUCUGGCUCGGGUUCAGGCUCAGGAGCUUCGGGCUCGGAGACGAAUUCGGAUUCUGAUCAAGAUUUCUGA